AUGAAAAGCCUCCGUCUACUCUCCCUAAGCGGAGUAUUCUGCGCUCUCCUCCCGUUGACCCUGGCGACCGUAUUACCCCCUGACCCAACGUCGACGGACGAGAGAAACCGCCACCAUACCAGAGGUCUCAACGAUAAAUCCCCACCUGAUCCCUGCGACUGUUAUGUCGUCUCCGGCGAUGACCCAGGAUACUUCAAACAUCACCGUUUCUACGACUUCCGGGACCAAGGUCUACGCCUGGCUGCAGACAAAAAGCGUGAAGGGAGAGAUAUCUCCAGUCAUCGACUAGCCGGAACAGCCGGACAUGUAGAUAUACCAGGCUACAUACCCGGUGAUUCCACGCCAGAACUUGAAUCGAGAGGCCGCAACAACGAAGCUGGAGGAGACGACGACCCCAACGCUGACAGCAAUGAAUUCCACCCUAGUUUAGCUGGUAGUCGCUUCAUAGAGGAAUGGGAUGUUCAGAACUGGAACAGGAAGGGGACGCCGCUCUUCCCCGUCCCGAUCAGAAACUCGCUUGAUAACGUCUUUAUGGUGCGUAAUAGCACCGACGAGCGUGACGAGUCAACGCACAUGGUCCUUCGAAGUGUGCGGAUGGAAAACUACACCUCCACGGCCGAAGUGCAGACACACGACACGGAUAUCGUACAUGCCUCUCUGCGUGUCCGGCUACGUCUGUACGCCAACACAGGUUGGAUAUAUUUCCCCAAUACCAAAAAUGGAAACAUAAGUACGGAGAGCGAUGAGUCCCAUGAUAUUUUACCUGCCAGCUACCGCACGCACCAUCCGCCUACGGGAGCAUGUGCGGGUAUGUUCACGUAUCAAGGCAAAAAUCACGAAUCAGACAUUGAAAUCCUCACCAACGACCCGCCGACUCGAGUACGCUACGCUAACCAACCAGACUGGGAUCCCAAGACCGACCUCGCCAUACCUUGUGCGAGCGACGAAGUGGACAUAUCCGUUCCCUGGACGCACUGGGGGGACCACCGACUUGACUGGUUCUCAGAUAUAAGCCGUUGGUAUUUCAACGACGAGUACCGUCUUUCGAAGACGUACGGCGUGCCGAAGAAUCCGAGCAUGUUGAUUCUUAACCUGUGGAGCGAUGGUGGUGAAUGGACGGGGAAUAUGACCGUUGGAUCGGCGGUGUAUAUGGGCGUAGAGUGGGUGGAGAUGGCAUACAAUAAGACCAGCGACAUCAACGGCAUGAAGAAGAAGCCUCGAUUUAACCCCAAUCUAAAGCGCGGUGCUGACAACGACGACGAGGACGAUUAUGAAGACUACGGCGACGAUAACGAUGCUGAGGAAGAGGAGGAUAUCAACGAAGUCACUGCCAACCAGCCAUCCAGGCGUGCGGCUCGUCCCAAGAAGAAACAAAACGGCAACCCGAAGGGUAAAGGUAAACCAAAGGGCAAGGGCAAAGGUAAGGGCAAAGGCAAGCCCAAGAACAAGAAGCCAAAGCCAAAACCGAACGGAAAAGAGGAAGAGGAAGAGAAAAAAUGUCGGGUAGUGUGUCGAAUUGAUGGAGUCAAAACCGAACGGAAAAGAGGAAGAGGAAGAGAAAAAAUGUCGGGUAGUGUGUCGAAUUGA